AUAUCGAUACCGGAAGUGGACGCCAAAUCCCAGAAAACCUCUGCGUGCAGCCCGUCGGCUAGAGAUCCAUACAAUAUUCAGUCAUGCAAUGGGGAAAUAUGUGUCUGAAAUGCUUUAUUUAUUUGUCGUUUUUAGGAACUGUGGUUUAUUCGAAGAUAAAUGUGGGUCCGAAAGUAACGGAUAAGGUGUUUUUUGACAUCACUGUUGGAGGACACGAAGUUGGCAGAAUUGUGAUCGGGCUUUUCGGAGAGGUCGUGCCCCUGACUGUGAAGAACUUUGUUUCGCUUGCUUCUGGAGAGAAUGGCUAUGGUUACAAAGGAAGUAAGUUCCAUCGUGUCAUCAAGGACUUUAUGAUCCAAGGAGGCGACUUCACAGCUGGAGAUGGAACGGGAGGCAAAAGUAUCUACGGAAAGACGUUUGCAGAUGAGAAUUUUAAGCUAAAGCAUCAGGGCACAGGUUGGGUCAGCAUGGCUAAUGCAGGCCCCAACACCAAUGGCUCACAGUUCUUCAUCACACUGGCACGGGCUCCAUGGCUGGAUGGCAAGCAUGUUGUCUUUGGCAAGAUCUUGGAAGGCAUGACUGUUGUUCAUACAAUUGAGCUUCAGGACACAAAUGACAGGAACAUGCCAUACACAGAGUGUGUCAUAGUGAACAGUGGGAAGAUCGAGGUCAAAACACCAUUCGUCGUAGAAGUGGAGGGUUGGUAGUGUCACACACAGCAGAGCUCAGGACUUCAUUUUCCUCCUCCAUCCUGUAAAGUUCUCCAUUUCCACUUUCAUCCCGAACAGUGUUAGAGUGGUAAGUGAAUCUAUGUCUAACAAAUAGUUUUCAUUUAGAAAUGAGGAAAGCAGACAAUAAUCAUACUUAUCAUACUUGAAAAAUUCUUCAAGACUGUUAAACAACACAUAAAGCUUAUGACUUUGGUUCUCAAGCAUGUGCUAAACCUUGGUUAAUAUUGGUAAAUGGGUUUAAACCUAUUAUCUGGUGCUCUGUAUUGCCAUCCACUUAGCGUCAUGCUGCUGAAUCUCAAAGUUACUAAUCAUUAUUCUCAGAAUUGUAGUUAUUCCCCAGACUGUGCAUGUACAAUACAUAGUAGUUAGGUAUUAAAGCGCAUUAGCCAGUAGUGUUUCAAUAGUCUGUUAGUUCAUUUGUCUAUUUGAACCUCAUUUUGGAAUCAGAUAUUUAAUUCAAAUUAAUAUAAUCGGGGACCCUGAGUAAUAAAUGAAAAGGUCGAGGAUACCGGAAACAUGUAGCAAUCAUAUUUUUACUUACAUCUCUGCUUUUUUCUAUGACAAAGAGAAACAUCAAAUUUGAUUUUAUAAACAUAAUUUUUAAAAAUUGUUUGUGGAAACGCAGCAUGCAUUCACUCAUGUGCCAAACAUGUAUGUUCUUGUAUGCCAAAUUACUGUUUAAAUGUAAAGUGUAUUUGUGUAUUAUAGAAAACGAUUUCCCUUCCUUAAAGCAUUACUUAAUUAGGGAAUCCUAGUGCCAAAAACUAUUCAAUUUGAACUUCUUAUGCCAAUUGAUUGAAUAAAUUUCUUUAUUCUUUGCAAUUGGAAAAGUAGGCUAGUUCUAUUUCUACAGAGUUUUUAAAAAACACUGAAUACAUUUUUUGUAUAUCAAAACUAGCCUGUGUAGUGACCGUGCAAUGUGCAGCAUUUAAUGUAUGUUUAUUCUUGUGCACAAUCUAUUGUUUAUGCUUCCGUCAUUUACUGAUUCUUAUCACCAUUAUUGUUUAUUUUUGAAAUGACUUUUGAUUUUUUAAGUUUAAGAAUAUUUUCCUAAUGCAUAUUCAAAAAAUAAAACAAAAAAAACUAUUAAAAA